CUCUCAAGAGCGGCCUGAGAGCAGCAAUCGAAAAGCUGCACCGUCCACUGCGCACGCCUUCCUACACAGAACCGCUGCCCUUGUUUGGGGAGAAUCCGAGACCAAAUAACACGGGAACGACGGCGUCUACACAGGUGCCUCUUACGGAGGAAAACCUUCGUCGGCUGCUACACUCGCUGGAGAACGAGAGUGGCGUUGUUGACUUUGACUUUGUUGCUAGCCGUGGUGCCAGCCGCCGCAGAACGCCUCCGAAUCCCUUGGCCGCUCAGCCUGAGCCCAAGCCUCUGCUUCAGCUUGAACCGCCGCCUGGGCCCGAUUACUCUCCCACGGCUGCCCGUGUCAGUGUCACGGAACCAGCCCCACCCACAUCCACAGCGACUGGUCGAAAACCAUCGGCGAUAUCAUUCAUGCGGAAGUCAAAAUCCCCCAAAAAGCACGACAAGGACAAGAACAAGAAAAAGACAAAACUUCAAUCCGACACACACCCUCUGAAUCUGCCUCCUGACGAACUGCGCAAACUCACAGUCCAGAUGGCUCGACAAGAGGCUGAGGCUGAAGCAAAUCAGCAAGCCGAAGCAACUGCCAGUGCCAACUCCGGCAAGCAACCGGAAUCUGCAGACACUGGCAAAGAUGUACCAGAGACAAAUAACAGAGAAUUCACCCUUCCCCAGGGUUCCUCGCCGCCGGUCAAAGAUGCAUCAGAAGAAUCUACCGACACACCCGCUGACGGAACGUCGAACGGUGUGAAUGGCCAUGAAGAACGAAGUCCAACCCCUCCGCCGCACCGAAGUUCGCCGCCGCCCAAGGUUGACCCAGAAGCCUGCAAAGCCGCAGGUAACAAGUUCUUCAAGGCAAAAGACUACGACAAGGCAAUUGAGGAAUACACCAAAGCCGUCGAAGCCGAUCCUUCCAACCCAACCUACUUGUCGAACCGAGCCGCAGCCUAUAUUUCCGCAAACAAAUACAACCAAGCACUUGGGGACAUAUUACAGGCGAGCAGAUUGGACCCGAACAACGACAAAAUUCUUCAUCGUCUUGCCCGCGUCUACACUUCCCUCGGCCGACCACAAGAUGCGUUGGACACUUAUGCAAGAAUCCCCAAUGUUUCCCCCACAGACACGGCUGCGGCCCGGAAGGCAUUGCAGGCCAUCGAGGUCGCAGAAAAGCAGAUUUACUCUGAAGAUGGAAACGGCAAUAUGGCUCUUUGGAGCAUUGAACAGGCCAAACAGACCCUUGGGCCCGGCACACCUACACCACGACGAUGGCAGAUACUGAGAGCCCUUGCCAACUUGAAGAUCGGGUCAGCAAACGCGCUGGGCGAGGUCCAAGCCAUCGCUCAGAGUUUGUUGAGGGAAAAUCCCAUGGAUGCCGAAGCGAUGGUGCUCGCUGGUCGAGCAUUUUACUUGAGGGACGAAAGACCGCAGCAGGGUAAGAGUGACUAUGACCGCGCGGAAGAAUAUUUCAGACAAGCAUUGGCGCUCGACCCUGACAAUGCCGAUGCGCGAAAAUACCUUCGGAUAAUGAAAAAGCUCGACCGUGCGAGGACGGAAGCCAACAAUCUUUUCAAGCAAGGCAAAUAUCCCGAGGCCAUCGCCGCUUACACCGAGGCCCUGACAAUCGAUCCCACCAAUAAGGUCACCAACGCCAAACUGUUGGGCAAUCGUGCCACCGCGCGGACCAAGAUCAAGGAGUUUGACGAGGCCAAAACCGAUUGUGACCAAGCACUGAAACUGGAUCCGUCGUAUCUCAAGGCUCGUAAGAUCCGUGCCAAAGCCACGGGCGAAUCAGGUGACUGGGAACAAGCCGUCAAAGACUACAAGGCGUUGGUGGAUGAUAACCCGUCGGACCCGGAACUGAACAAAGAACUGCGCAAUGCCGAGCUGGAACUGAAGAAGUCCAAACGCAAGGAUUACUACAAGAUCCUCGGUAUUGACAAGGAUGCCGGAGACAAGGAGAUUGAACGUGCAUACAAGCGCAAGGCAGCCGUGCUGCAUCCCGAUAAGACCAUGGGAGAUAAAGCCAAAGAAGAGGAAUUCAAAGACUGUCUCGAGGCCAAGGAGACGUUGCUGGAUCCUCAAAAGCGUCACAUCUAUGAUUCUGGUGCGGAUCUCAUGGACCCCAGUGAGGGUUACGGAGGAAUGGGUGGAGGAUUCCCCGGCGGCAUGGGAGGCUUUGGCGGAAUGGGCGGUGGAGGCGGUGUCCAGAUCGACCCUGAGAUGUUGUUCAAUAUGAUGAACGGUGGCAUGGGUGGCGGGGGCGGUGGAUUCAGAUUCAGCACCGGUGGUGGCCGAGGUGGUUACUCGCCUUUUGGUUGAUUGUCCGAAGCUGUUUCUGUUUCCCGGCUGCAUCAUAUGCGCACUGCAUUGCAACAAACAGCUGGUCCACCGUGUCUGUGCGGUGCAUGACCCACAAGAAGAAGGAGGUGUCCAACAACCAGAGACAUCACCGGCGCCAACAGCAUCUCAAACUCGGUCGAAGCACACAUGGAUAGCAAGCCUUGGUCAAUUGCCACUCCGUGUUUUGGUGUUCCAUCGCCAAGAAGCCCUGCAGCUGGAGUGGGAGCUAGAAUGUCGCGAAGGAAAGACACAUUGAUCUUUUGGGCCAUUGCUGCUGCGAAAGGUAUGCUCUUGGGCUUUUCUUUGUCAUGGCCAUCUCGCCGGGACAACGAUGCCGCCAGACGGAAACACAGGAAAUGGCUUGUCUAGGGGCCUUUGGUCGGAACCACAAUGGUCAUGGCUCCUACCGCGCAGCUGUCCCCCAUACCUCGGUGGGCUGCAACGGGAUCCAAACUUGUACUGUAACGAGUAGAACAGGGUCCAUAGAGCAGAGCAGAGAGCACUGCAGUGAGUGGACACAGGGGAAAGAAAAGAAAAGAAAAGCAUAAUACUGUAUGUCCAUCAAGUUUUCUAGUUCAUCGCUCAUCAAUGUUACUAGUAUCUUGAACAUGCGAAUUCAACCACUGGCAGGUCCCUGGAAUCAAUUGACUUGGAACCAAGCGUCAAGCGCCCUCUUUCUCAUUACCCCAAGGAUCAGCAUCAAAUCAGCACAGCUCAGUCCAGCUCACCGCCUAAUCCUCGUGCUCUGCCGGACUCUUGCCCUCGAGGGUCCGGCAGGAGCGGACUCCUCUUCCUCACCCAAGUCAUCUUGACCCGGGUUGCCGUCGUCGUCAUCCUCUUCACCACCCUCCGCAUCGUCCCCAUCUCCGCCGCGGUGAUGAUGAGAUCUGUCAAUCUUGCCAAUUUUGAUGCCCAGACUGCGCGACAAUCUAGCAUCAAGUUCCUCCUC